CCCCUUUACAUGUUGUACAAGGCAUGAACAUGCCAACAGACACGGACAGAUAUAAGCAUUACAACCAACACCUUGUUUAGAAGUUUGUCCGUGACAAAACGGUGGAGCAGCAUCUAGAAGAAGCCAGUCAUCACAGAGUGGAUAACAAAGAGAGGGAGCAACCUAGACUGGGCAAGAUGUGCUGCAGGAUUUAUUGCAGGGCCGGACUUGCUGGCCGCCCAGUCCACAGACGUCCGUUCGCGGGAGCCACACAAACUGUUUUCUUUAGCCCCCACUUGAUGGGUUCCGUGAACCAGUGGAUACGCGAUCCGUCAUUAGCGAUCGACCCUCCGCCAGUAUCGCGGGUCGCACUCGGGUGCCGCACGAAGCCAAAGAGCAAGCCGCCGUAGCGGGCGUUACGUUCGACAGGUGAGACGCAUCGGCGGGCGACGGUAACCAAGCGCGACGUCUUUCGGGGGGGCAUUCUGGGUAUCUUGCUCCGCUACGACUCUGCUUUCGACGCCGGUGCCACCCCGCCAGUACUCAGUUGGGAGUUGGAGGGAGACGAAGGCCGCCCUUAUAACCACCCUCCUCUCCUCCCGUCUCGUCUCGUCUCGUCUCGUCUCUCCCACUACCGACGACCCUUCACUGUUCUCUCUCUCCUUGUCUUCUCUCUCUCUCUCCCUCCCAACCCAGAGAGAGAGAGGGAGAGAGACGUCGCUGCUUCGAGUCCAUCCCGAUCCGCCACGAUGCGGUCGGGAUCGGCGAAGCCCUCGCCGCUCGAUCUCCUGUCGGCCAUCCUCCGCGGCGAUGGCCUCCCUCCUGGGACCGGCGCGGCGGCAGCGAUCGCCGAGAACCAGCAGCUCCUCGCCAUCCUUACCACCUCUGUCGCCGUGCUUGUCGGGUGCGCGUUCAUCUUCUUCUUCCGACGAUCGCUCGGCAAGAAACCACCCUCGCUGCCGAAGCCGCUGGUGGUGAAGGUCCAGCCUGAGGCGGAGGUUGACGACGGGAAGAAGAAGGUCACUGUCUUCUUUGGUACGCAGACCGGGACGGCGGAGGGGUUCGCUAAGGCGCUCGCGGACGAGGCUAAAUCGCGAUACCAUAAUACCGCAUUUAAAGUGGUUGAUCUGGAUCAAUAUGCUGCUGACGAUGAUGAGUACGAGGAGAAGAUGAAAAAAGAGACCUUAGCUUUGUUCUUCAUGGCCACGUACGGAGAUGGAGAGCCUACUGAUAAUGCUGCACGGUUCUUCAAAUGGUUUACGGAGGGGAAAGAGAGAGAAAAUUGGCUAGAAAAUCUUCAGUUUUCUGUGUUUGGCUUGGGCAACCGACAAUAUGAGCAUUUCAAUAAGGUUGCUAAGGUGGUUGAUGAAAUGCUUGCUAACCAAGGUGGAAAGCGUAUUGUUCCCCUGGGGCUGGGUGAUGAUGAUCAGUGUAUUGAGGAUGACUUCACUGCAUGGAGGGAACUUCUCUGGCCAGAGUUGGAUCAGUUGCUUGGGGAUGAAAAUGAUGUUUCAGGUGCAUCUACUCCUUAUAUGGCUGCUGUUCCUGAAUACCGAAUUGUCUUUGUCAAGCCUGAAGAAACUUCUUACCUUGAAAAGAGUUGGAAUCUUGCAAAUGGCCAUGCUAGUCAUGAUAUACAUCAUCCAUGCAGGGUUAAUGUGGCUGUGCGGCUGGAGCUUCAUAGCCCAGCUUCAGAUCGAUCCUGCAUCCAUUUGGAGUUUGAUAUUGCUGGCACUGCUCUUACGUAUGAAACGGGAGAUCAUGUUGGGGUAUUUGCAGAGAAUUGUAUUGAGACUGUCGAGGAGGCUGAAAGGUUGUUAGGUUAUUCACCAGACACAUUUUUCUCAAUCUCUGCUGACAAGGAGGAUGGUACACCACUUGGAGGAGGCUCUUUAUCACCUCCUUUCCCGUCUCCGUGCACCUUAAGAACUGCACUUGCUCGAUACGCUGAUCUUCUAAAUUCACCCAAAAAGAGUGCAUUAGUUGCCUUAGCUGCACAUGCUUCAGAUCCCAGUGAAGCUGAGCGACUUAGAUUUUUGGCUUCCCCAAUUGGAAAGGAUGAAUAUUCUCAAUGGGUUGUUGCUAGUCAGAGGAGUCUCCUAGAAGUUAUGGCUGAAUUUCCCUCUGCAAAGCCUCCACUAGGAGUCUUCUUUGCUGCAAUCUCCCCCCGGUUGCAGCCUAGAUAUUAUUCAAUAUCAUCUUCUCCAAGGAUGGCACCAACUCGAAUACAUGUGACGUGUGCAUUAGUACACGAGAAGUUACCAACCGGGAGGAUUCAUAAAGGGGUCUGUUCAACUUGGAUGAAGAAUUCUAUUCCAUUGGAAGAGAGCCAAGAUUGCGGCUGGGCUCCUAUAUUUGUGAGACAGUCAAACUUUAAACUGCCUGCAGAUCCUUCUCUGCCCAUCAUCAUGAUUGGUCCAGGCACAGGGUUGGCACCCUUCAGAGGCUUCUUGCAGGAGAGGGAGGCAUUAAAAGAGUCUGGUGUGGAGCUUGGUCAUGCUAUUUUUUUCUUUGGAUGCAGGAACCGCAAAAUGGACUUCAUCUAUGAGGAUGAGUUGCACAAUUUUGUUGAUAGAGGAGUACUGUCUGAGUUGAUUGUUGCCUUCUCUCGUGAGGGUCCAACCAAGGAAUAUGUGCAGCAUAAAAUGACUGAAAAAGCAUCCAGUGUUUGGAAUAUCAUCUCCCAAGGUGGUUAUGUUUAUGUGUGCGGCGAUGCUAAGGGUAUGGCUAGAGAUGUUCACAGGGUUCUUCACACUAUAGUCCAAGAGCAGGGAUCUCUUGAUAGCUCUAAGACCGAGAGUUUAGUGAAGAGUCUACAAAUGGAAGGGAGAUAUCUGAGGGAUGUGUGGUGAGAUGCUCCUUGUUGUUUCCCCCUUUUUUUGUUGGGGGAGGGGAGGCGGGGUGCGAAACCUGCAAGUCAAGGUUCUGGGGACACAAAUGUAUGUUGCCCCCUUUCCCAGCCUUUAUAAACUGCUCUGUUUCCAAAUUAUGUUAAUUCUUUUCUACCUUAUAAGUAGAGUAUCUUGUUCAUGUAUUACACAUUUAAUUCAUAUGGUUACUAGGUUGAUUUGAUGGGGAAAUAAGUAGUCAAUAUGUGGUAGGGGAUGUGGGAGCACAUGUAUAAUUGGACUGGCCUUACUAGUGAAAGCUAUUCCAACCCAAUGGGAUCA